AUGUCACAAAACACUCGGCUUUCAUACUCUAUGGCCGCAGGAUCUGCAGACAUUCCAAAGCCGCAACCAAAGCCUGCGAACGACUCAACUGCCAACCAAUCCUCUCCAAAUCACCGUCAGCAUGCUUCUGGACAGCAGCAAGAUAAUCGGCGUGGCGGACCAGGCCACAGGCGGACUCCUUCACCUUCACACAUCCCAAAGACAUCAUCUGCCGAAGAUGCAGUCUAUGUCUUGACUCUUCUGACAGACGCCAAACACCAUCGCAUCUUAACCGAGACGAGGAAGAAGUAUUUCCCUCCUCGUCUGAACAGACUCGAAGCACACAUUACUCUGUUCCACGCACUACCCGGAAGUCUGCUCGAGGAGUCGAUCAAGCCAACCCUGAGAGAGAUUUCGAGCAAAACCAAACAGUUCCAUCUCCUUGCUGCAACGCCUUUCCGAUUGAAUAAGGGUAUUGCUAUUGGUCUGCCUAAGUCAUCAGGCGGCGAUGAUGCGAGACAGGUUCAUCAGCAAUUGAAGUCGGCAUGGUCGGAGUUUCUGAGUCGGCAGGAUGCUGGCGGCUUCGCAGCCCAUUACACCAUCAUGAACAAGGUCGAUGACGAGAAGGAGAUUCAGAAGGCGUUCGAGCAGGUGCAACAGGAAUGGAAAGGUUGCCACGGUACCGUCCUCGGUCUAUCGCUGUUCAAGUACGAUCGAGGAAACUGGGUGCACGACGAGGACUUUAAGUUUUCACCAAUUCGGUGA